AUGGCUACUGUUGAGUUUGGGUUGGCUCGAUCUCAUGGAUUUGAAAAGAGGGACGACUGGAGCGGGGCCGGAGGGAUCAUCGACCAGCAUGUCGUCGUGGUCCACGGCCCCGUCGCCAACCUGUCCAUCGACUCGCCGGGGUUCCUGGGCGACGACAAGCCCCUGUGGGAUGUCCGCCUCCUGAUGGCGCACCGGUGCGUGGUGUUUCGGAUCCACCACGCCCUGGGUGACGGGAUCUCGAUGUUCCUGGCAUUGUGCCGGCGGGUGGACAACCCUGAGGCGCUGCCCACGAUCGGUCAUCCGUUGUCGGCUAAGAGGAGGAGGGGCAGCAGCGGCGAGUGGUGGAAGGCAGUAGAGAGGGUGUUGGGGGUGGCGCGGUUCAAGUUGGUCUUCGUAGUGGAGUUUGUGCUACGGAGCAUGUGGGCGAGCGACUGGAAGACGCCAGUGAGCGGUGGCGCAGGGGUGGAACUCUGGCCGAGGAAGCUGGCCGCGGCGAGGUUUCGGGUGGAGGACAUGAAAGUGUGUGGGUUUGGUAUUAAUCAAGAACUAUCCAAUUUUAUCAAAGGCAACCCGGGACUGCGGUGGGGCAACAAGUUCGGGAUUCUCCUCCUCCCCGUUCACUACUGCAGAAGCUCUGGCGACCCUCUCGAAUACCUGAGAAAAGCUAAGUCCAUGAUCGGCCGGAAGAAGAAGUCCCUGGAGGUUCACUUCUCCUACAGAAUCGGGGAUAUCGUCAUGACUUAUCUAGGAGCACGUAUCGCGAGCCUGCUCAACUACAAGAUCAUCUGCAACACCUCCUUCACUAGCAUGAACGUGCUCGGCCCGCGAGAGGAGAUCGCGGUCAUGGGCAACCCCAUCACGUACGUACGGGUGAACUCCUCGAGUUUACCUCACGCGCUCACAAUGCAAAUGGUGAGCUAUGCGGGGAGGGUGGACAUGCAGAUUCUGGUGGUCAAGGACAUCAUCCCCGACCCUGAUUUUCUGGCAAAGUGCUUUGAGGAUGCUUUGCGCGAACAUGUCGGAUACGCUAUCUGA